CGCCUCGCCUCUUACAGACAACUUGUAAUACACUGUUAUCUUUCUGUUUCUCUUUUUCCACCUCUGCGAGUUAUCGAGUAAAGUCCAAAGGCAUAUGACCAAAGCACGUGGGGGAGAUGUCGAUUGAUAAUUAACUGAGGUAGCCUACCUGAAUCGGUGACGUAGGUGGAGGGUGACGAGAGAGAGAGAGAGAGAGAGAGAGAGAGAGAGAGAGAGAGAGAGGAUGGGGGCGGGCGGAGAAGAGAGAGAGGUCUUGCCUGUUGUCUUGCUGAGGCUCUUUGAUUCAGUGGCAGUGACUGAGACAACCCCGUUACCGGCCAUCGUAAACCCGUGUAACAACGAGCUUCGAUCAUACUCCAGAUCAACAGCUAAAGAUUUUCCCGGAGAACAUCGCGUCUCUAUCGCGUCUCUGCAGCCGAAAUCAUAACAAGACAUUUGGCCAAAGCGAACUUUGAUAAGAAAACAGACAUUUAUACUGGACAACAUCAAAGUCAGAAGAUGCUUUGUGUGUCUGGUGAGCGCAAAAUCUGCCAGUCAAAGUCCGCGAAGCAAAGCUUGGCACAUAAAGGAGUACCCGCGAUGAAGAAACCCGCAAGAAGCUACACGCGGUAAGAAGUGGAAGAGUGAUAUUCAGAGAGAAAGACCAGACAGAAGAGUGUGUAGGCCAAAGAACAAAUACCAGCGCGUCCUCAAAUGAUGGGGAUUAAGCACCUUCUGCUUCUUUUGAUUUACUUAGACCCGCUGAAUGUCCUGUGCGCCGCCACCACCAACAAAAAGAACAAAUUCCCGCCGAGGAGGAACCCAAAGGUGAAGGAGGUCAACGGCAGCACCACCGCGGUCCCGCUGUCCGUGGCCGUCCCGGGGAAGAUCACGCAGGUCCAGGCUCCCAGGGUGCAGCACGACACCUGUCUGGGCUACUACGACGUGAGCGGGGCGUACGACAAAGAGUUCAGCUGCAACAACACCGAUCACCGCUUCUGUUGCGGCAGCUGCUUCCUGCGCUUCUGCUGCGCGGACCGGGGGAUGCGCCUGGAGCAGAAGAGCUGCACCAACUACAACACACCGGACUGGAUCAAAACCCAGCCCCCUUCACCGGGGCCCACAGGUGAUACCUAUGACCCGGAGCUGGACCAGACCAACACCACGGUGUACAUCACCUGCGGGGUCAUAGCGCUCGUCAUUGCCAUUGGGAUAUCUGUUAAAGUUGCCUAUGAUAAAGCCACCAAGCCCCCUCAGGAAAUGAAUGUGCACAGAGCCUUGGCAGACAUUCUGAAGCAACAAGGACCAGUUCCAAUAUCUCAGUAUGAACAUGAAAACCUUGCAGCGAUUGAUGGGUCACCCAAAGACGAGACGCCGGUCAGAUCCUCGAAGAGUCAUUACACACCUGUUCACGCCAAGGCAUCAAACCACGGACACUAUGGAAAAGAAAACCUGCGCGGCGGGGGCCAAGACAUGCACAACUUCAUCUCCUCUGGGUUUGUGACACUUGGACGUGGCCACUUGAAAGCGCAGCACUCCAUAGACGAAUCGGGGCAGAUGUCCUGGCAGGGCGAUCCGGACAUCCCCCUCUCCUACGGAAACCACCACCAUGACUACCAGCACAGCCACCUGGAUCUGACUGCGCUAACACCUAAACUGGCCCACAGACAAAUGAGAUACGAGAGACCCCAACGGAUGAACAACAUCCUGACCUCAGCCACGGAGCCCUACGACCUGUCCCUGUCCAGAUCCUUCCAGAACCUCAGCCAUCUGCCGCCCUCCUACGAGGUGGCCCUCAAGUCUGACUUAAGUAAAUACUCCUCCUCUCUCCACAGAUUAAGUGAGGACGUAGAUGAGUACUACGCGAGGAAGCAUCAUCAUCCUGACUUCGGUGGCCGGGGGCCGACCCACAUGGUGAAGCUGAACGCAGAUCCCCAGCCGCACCAGCAGCAUCAGCAGCCCCAGCAGCACCAGCAGCGGCAGCGGCCCCGCCGAGUUCAGAGGGCCAUGUCCCAGGACCACGUCCUGUCUCCUCCCCGGACGCCACGCCGCGGGGACUACGGCUUAUCUUCAUACGGCGUCAUGGCAGCGGCUGCAUAUAGCAGCAGCCGACACCUCUCAGAGGAGCAGCUGUUGUCUGCAGAGCGCCUCCACUCCCAGGAUCCCUUGCUGUCCCCGGCAAUGAGGCGUGACAAGUUCCGGGAGAAGGCAAUGGCUCGGGCUAUGUCGCACGCUGACAUGCUAAUGCCCAUCACGCCCGUCAUGGACCGCCACAAGAUGACCAAGAUGCACUCUCAACCCACUGCCUCUAACGACUCCUACAAUACGCUGACGGUCAACAACCAACCGAGCACGUCUAAGAGGCAGGCGUUUGCCUCUCGACGGACACACACGGUGGACCACCUACAAUACAUUCCGGGCCACCACCACACAUACCGCACUGCCAGUAAGAACGAGGUAACUGUUUAACCGCAGAACGGUUAGCUGAAGGAUUCCUGAGACACGCCAUGGACGAUGACAGAAAUCUCGAAAAAUCAGCAUGUCUCCUCAGCAGAGGUGUUCUGUCUUCUUAUAACAACAACCUCCAUCAUUAAAAAACUAAACUAUUUCUGCUUUUUUUUUCUGCACAAGCCUCCUGUGUCAUCCACAAUCAACCCCGGCAAAGACAUCUCUCUCUUAGGACAUCAUAAGGGCUUUGCGUGUUGACACAAAGAAGGAUCCUUCAUGUCAGAUGGAUGUUUGUUUGACAGCCUGAAGAAAAUAUUUUUUAAACUGGACAUGGGACUGGAAAGGGAAUUGUAUUAAAUUUCUUAAUAUAUACAUAUACUUAUAUUUACUAUUUGUAUUUUCAGUCCUUGUUAUAGCUUUAGAGAUUCUCAUUGACUGAUGGAAGCACUUCAAGUGCUGCCUCUUAAAAUUGUCCCAUUUCAACGAAGUGGAUUUGUGGGUUAAAAAGCACAAUUUAUGAAUUCCCUUUUUUGGUUUGGUUUAUUUACUCUUCUUCUUUGAUAAAAGGCCAGGACAUAUCAGCUUAUUAGUGAAAACAGAGGCUAAUUCUUUUGUAUACAAUAGAUGAUUGUAAAUAGGCUAUAUUAGCAGCAUUAAAACAAGAAAAGCUGGCCCUUUGGCAAUAUUGUUUGGUUUGGUUUUCUCCCACCUGGAAUCUGUAUUCCCAAUUAAUAAUUUUAAUUUUAGAUAAGGCAAAGAUCCCAAAUGAAUAUUAUUUCCGCAGAUGUCUGCAAAAUAUGUGGAUGUAAUAUGUACAUGGGGAGUAUUUAUUUCUUUUGUAGGUGUGCUUGUAGGAUAUGAUUGUGAAUGAAACCUUUGACCACGGUCGACGAGCAGCUUCAGUCUGGAGACGUGAAUCCACAGGUGACAAAAGAGCCUGAUGGUUGUUUGAAUUAACUUCAUUUUUGCUCACACAUCAUUUCCUUUGCUUUGUCAUCCAUGAGGCUGACCCUCCCCCGCCCACUCUGCUAGGUUUGUGAUUUGCCAGCAGCUUCCAUCUCUACAUAUCAGGUACUCGUAGCGGCGGAGCCGAGGAGCUCAUUGGUCCAGUCAGUUUUGACAGAAACAAUCAGUACCGAAGAGGACGUCAUAGUUGCUAGUCAAUCAAGCAUUAAUUAAAACUGUGACCUGUUUGUCCUGAUGUUUUCAUUAAAGCAAUGCCUUAUUGUAUGGAAUCCCAUGUGCUCUUAAUUGAUGCUUUUUUCACUUGUCUCAUUGUCUUAGCUUUCUUGGGCAAUGUAAUUGAUAAUAGUGUACCAGCAGAACCAGCCGUAAACAAUAGAACAGUAAUAGAUGGUGCAGUAUGUUACCUCAACAAGACUAAAUUUACUUAAAGGAAUCUCAAACCUAAAUCAGUAUAUACUAGAAGAUUUUUUUCUACAGUUUGUUACUAUUUGUAACACUUAUCCCAUUGACUGAAUUAAAUGGGCAUACAGUGCUUUUGUUGUUCAGUCAGAUUAUCUGGAGAGUAGAGGUCUUCAUGUGUUCACUUACUCUGGGAGCCAGACUCCCAUCCCAUUUAGACAGAUUUCCAGCAAGCCUGGCCCUGGGCGGACCAAUCACAACCGUUAUCUCAUACGAGGAGGGUUUAAGAAGAGGAAAGUUACCGUCCUUACAGUAAAUGCACCAGGCUCAAAAAACUCAAAUUGCUGAUCAAAUAGGAAUUAAGAUUCUGUUAUUGCCUAUUUCCCUUUAUGUUUUUAUAAACACAUUUUUGUGUACUGUUUAGCUGUCAUUUGAGAAAGUUUGUAACCCAGCCGCCAUUUAGUCCUGUUAAAAAUUGAUUAAUAUUGGAUGUAGGUCUAAUCAAUUGAGUCCAGAGGCAUUUUAGUCUGCACAGUUCAAUGAUCCUUGGAAAUCGGAAAAUAAACUGAGAGGUUCCAGACUAAUUCACAUUUGCAAAUCAGGUUGGCAAUGCCAGACUAAGGUUUACUUGGUUUCUACUGAUCAAGGCACAAACAAGGACUAGAGUUGGACUGGGUCCUGGAGUUAUAUUCUGUAUAAUCAGCUAGGUCUCAUUGGGAAUUUUAGCAUAGGUCCUGGUUUAUGUCCGAAAUCAAUAUCCCAGUCUCAAAUUAUGGUAAUAAAGUCCUGUGUGCAAACUAUAUGGAAACAUACAUACAUAUACAUAUAUAUAUAGAAACACACACACACACACAUAUAUAUACACACACACACACACACACAUAUACAUAUAUAUACAUAUAUAUAUAUAUACAUACAUAAACACACAAAAUACACACACAUAUAUAUAUAUAUAUAUAUAUAUAUAUAUAUAUAUAUAUAUAUAUACACACACAUACAUACAUAUAAGUACAGUAAAAUCUUCUAUAGACACAUUUUCAUUUGCGUCCCAAACUGACCCAUGAAGAUCUUUACUGAUGAGUCCAAAGGCUUUGAAAAUGUGUACUUUAUGUUUAUUGACAAACAGCUGAAGUGUCUGCAGUAUAGACAUCUUUGUAUAUGCUGCACAGAAUUAUGACGGGUAUCUCUUACACAUAACAAUCAGAUUAGAAAUUGACCUUAUUGUACAAGUAAAACAUCAGGAACAUUGCUGUUUCUAUGAUCAGAUAUUUGAGAUGUACACUUGAAUAUGUUAUAUGUGAUAUAUGUCCUUUUUCAAUGGUAGGAAAGCAAUGUCUUAUUGUAAAUCCAUGAUCAUGUUGAAAAAAAAAAAAUCUUUUAAAGUUGGCUGUCAUGUGUUUGUUUUUUAAUUGUAGGGUUGUGGAAAGUUGGCCAAAUUAAUUCCACAAAUUAACUAAUUUAACUUAUUUCAAAAUGUACGUGCUGUAUUAAAGGAUGUCAAUUAGAGAUUGUAUUUUUUCCUCUUCAAAAUAGUAUUUUUUUCCUUUUCAAAACAGUCUUUGCAUAUAUAAUUUUUUUCCCCCCUUUUCUUGGAGAGCGCUUACAGGUAAUGAAGAAAAUGUGAUAACUAUGGGUUUGUGUGUGUGUGUGUGUGGGGGGGGAUAAUUGUUCAGUAGACUGCUUCAGCCAGAUAUAUGUAACUACCCCCACGCUUAACUAAUCUUCACAAACUUCUUUUCACUUAAUUAAUAAUGAUGUCAUCCCAAGAGCCUUUUAUCUAUGUGCAAUAUUUCCUAUUCAUGCACCAUAACUCUGUAGCCACUUUUACAAUGUUGUGAGGUUCAUUUGCUGCCAUAAAGGUAUUGCUGUUCUUUAGGGCUGUUGUCUUUUAUAGCCAAUCAUUUAUCAUACAGCCAAACGUGGUAUGAAUGAAACAGGUGUCUGUGUAAUUGCACAAAUACUAUGAGACUAAUUUAAAGGCUUCAAAACAACAAAAUAUGACUGUUCUUGUGCAUUUUCUGUUUGUUUACAAACUAUUAAAGCACAUCAUGUGUAUUGUAUA